CCAUAUUGUGUAUGCAGCGCGGGUUAGUGGCGCGUGUAUAUGGGUGUUUUGUGAAGAUCUUCUUUAUCACGGAAAGUUACACAGGUCAUUGCAUGAGCCUGUCUGACUAACGGGCUGUAUCGCGCGCGCAACAUGGAUCCAGCGAAGUUGAAAGUGGUGGAGUUGCGGGCGGCACUGGCGGAGCGUGGCCUCGACACCAAGGGCAACAAGCCAGUGCUCGUCGAGAGGCUACGCAAGGCGCUGGAAGAAGAAAGCCAGGAGCAUGUUCAAGACAACCCAGCUCUGCCUACAGAAGAUGUAGAUGAGACAACAGUGAAAGAGACAUCUGAAAGAAUUGUGGAAUCUACACGAUCUUCACAACCACCGAGGACACCUAGUAGAGCGUCAAGAAGCUCUACAAUGGUAACUCCGACAAAAAUUUCGACUAGAAAUGCAUCGAGGACUAGCAUAACUCCGAAUUCUUCAAAGCAAUCCUCUCCGAACAAACCUCAGUACAUUGAGAAGACACGCGAGGUAUUAGCGACAAUAUCAGAGUCUACCUCCGAGGAACCUUUAGUACAAGAGAAAAUAUCAAAAUUAUCUCCUGAGAAACACAAGGAAGAACAGAAAGACAUGGCAUCGGAGAUUCUUCAGAAUGAAACUUUUGUUCAGAUGUCACCUGAGAAACCUCGGGAAAAUGAAGCAAAGCAUAUUGAUGAUUUAGAAGAUGAUGGGUGUGAGAUGAAUGUUUCUCAAGUACCUGCGUCAGAACCGUCUGAGAAAUCUAGUAUAAUUGAACAUGUAGAUCAGUUUUCUAGAACUCUGGAAGAAACAGAGGAACCUAGUGUAGAUAUGGUUAGCAAUGUUCAGCAACCGUCGCCUAGAGCAUUGGUUGAUAAAACAAAAGAUGUUACAAAGCUGGAAGAAAAGACAGAAGUUAAAGAUGAUAUAGAUAUUGAAAUGGAAGAUGAUAAUUUUGAAAAGGAUGUUGAAGAUAAGAGUUCAGUUGAGGAAGAGAAUAUUGAGCAUGUAGAGGAUACAUGUAAUGUUAAGGAUAAUGUAGACAUUCCGAAAGUUGAGCAACCAACACAUGUGACUUCUGAUCAGAUUGACAAAAUAUGUGAUGUUGAGUUAAAGGACAAGCAAAAGGUUAUUAACGACCGCUGUACAGAGCCAGAAAACAAAAUGGAUGUUUCAGAUAAUAUGGAAGAUAUGGAUGACAAAAUGGAUGAUACUAAUGAUUCACAAAAUGAGCAGGACGUGAAGGACGUGAAGAUGGAGGCGAAGCAAGAUGUCAAGUUAGACACGGACGAGUCGAAUCAAAAAGAGUGCAAGGACAGGAAGAGGAAAAGAUCUCCCAGCCCGGUGGAAGUCCGCCAGCCGUCUCCUGCUCUGCACAAACGCGAGGAAGAGCUAGAUUACGACGAAUAUGCCGUGAUUUUAUCUUAUUAUGACUCGGACUUAAACUUAAUCAUCAACAAGAACGGAUUUUAUUCCGCGACACCCAUGCACAACGACGAUCUCUGUCACAUGUGGGCCGGCUCGAGAGCGUCCUACGGCUUCACAAGCGGCAAGGUAUAUUACGAAGCAAAAAUUACGGAGAACUGCCUAAGCGCCUCGCAGGACAAGGAAAAGUUACACAUGUUCAGAAUCGGCUGGUCGACUCUCGGCACGUCGAUGCAACUCGGCGAGGAGAGAUUUAGUUACGCGUACACGAGCACCGGGAAAAAAGGUACCAACAAGGAGUUUACGGACUAUGGGCCGCAUUUUGGCAAGGACGACGUUGUGGGAUGCUACCUCGACCUGACGGCUGAAGACGCUGUGGAACUGUCGUACACGUUGAAUGGCAAGGAACUGGGACCCGCCUUCAGUAUCUCGAAGGAAGAACUCGGCGAGAGGCCGUUGUUCCCGCACAUCUUGAGCAAAAACUGCGCCUUUGUCUGCAACUUUGGGCAAGAGGAUGCGUGGUGCGAACAAAUCCCGGACUACGCUGCGGUGGGCAACGUUGAACUGAAGGACAGGGUUGCUGGCCCGCGUAGACCGGACGGAAGAGCCGACUGCGAAGUGAUCAUGAUGUGCGGCCUGCCGGCGGUGGGGAAAACCGCGUGGGCGAGGAAGCACGCGGCCGAGCACCCGGACAAGCAAUACAACAUCUUAGGAAUCGACAACUUGGUGGAGAAAACGGGGGACGCCGCUCUUUGUCAAGAACAGAACCAGCCUCGGCGGGAAGUCAUUAUCGACAAGUGCAACCGCGCACUCGACGGGUUGCUGGACAUGGCUGGCGGCAGAAGACGCAACUACAUCUUGGAUCAGAGAAGCAACAUGUACUCCUCCGUGCAAAGGCGCAAAAUGCGGUACUUCAGCGGCUAUCAGCGAAAGGCAGUGGUCGUAAUGCCAGCGGACGAGGAGGAAUACAGCCAACGUUUGUCCACGCAGGAUGCAAGGAAAAGCGUCUCAGACUCGAAUCUUAUGGAGAUGAAAGCAAACUUCACUGCACCUUCGGUGGGAGAGUUCUUCGACGCGGUAGAGUGGGUUGGACUGAACGAGGAAGAGAGUAAGAAGCUCAUCGAGAAGUACAACAAGGAAGGUAAGGAAGCCGGGUUCGGCCAGCAGCAGCCGACGAAGCGCGCCCGUUUCGACAAGAACGAGGCCGGCAACAGGGAGAUGCGUGACUCCCGGAAUAACAGAGACACACGGGAUCAUCGUGACAGAAGAAACAAUUAUCAAGACAGAGGACGCAACCCUCCUUGGCGUGGCGGCAGCAGCAUGGGUGGCUGGAGAGGAGACCGACCACAAAGGGGCGGCUACAUGAGGCAUACUGGCUAUGGACCUCCCGCUCCGUGGAGAAUACGAGGACGAGGACUCGCGAUGCGAGGGGCGGAACGACGUGGCGGUGGUGCUGACAGGAGACAAGGGAAUGACAGAAACCGACAAGUCGCCGCUAGACAAGGGGGUUGGGGUCCCAUGAGCAGUAGUUAUCAAGGAUCACAGCAGUCCGGGUGGGGCCAGCAGGACAAUUGGUCUGGCGGCCAGUCGCAAGGCAGCUGGAACCAGCAAGGAUGGGGCCAGCAGCAGCAAUGGGGAGGCAAUUGGAAAGGAUACGGCAGCAGCCAAGGGGCGUACAACCAGGCGGGAUACAAUCAGGGGCAACAGCAGGGCUACGGCAACGGCAAUUGGAACAGUUGGAACCAGCAGUAUUACAACAAUCAACAGUAUUGGGGCCAGCAACAACAGAGUGGACAGACCACUGCAGCUGGCGGCCAAGCUGAGAUCGCAAAUGAAACGGCCGCAGCAACCUCUACCGACACGGGGGCAGGAUACAGCUACUCGCAAGGGUGGCAGAGUUACGCGCAACAAGGACGAACCACAACCGCUCAGAGCACAGCGACAUCGACCACGCAGCAGCAGCAGUCCCAUUCACACAAGUAAACGAAAGAGACUCGCGUCGCGAUCAUAUCACAGCACACGCAUUCACAAGUGUUUGAAUUUUCUUGCAACAUGUAAGUGUAACAUGGAAUAUUUACGUCAAUACAGGCAGUGACUAUACACGCUGUAGUCACGACGAGGGAACUUGCAGAACAGAUUUCGGUAUUUUUUUUUGCGCGCGCGUGCACGCGAGAAAAAAAGCGCCACUAUCGCGGCCAUAUGAAGUGAAGAUGCAUUUGCGAGAGAGCGGCGAUUGCGAGAGAAAGGUCGAUUUCCCCGGCGCGAGAAGGAUCAAUUGUCCGGUCCCUGAUCCAACGAUAUUUAUUCGAGAAAAAUUCAAAUAGUGCACACGUGCGCUCGUGGAGCGCGCAGCUGUGUGUGAAGCUUUUUGAAUGGGUUUGUGCCUCUUGUAAAUAUGUACGACGUUAUAUAUUCUAUGAGAGAGAUAACGUUGCCUCAAGGUCCGAGGCACAAUUGAUGCUUGCGGGCUUCGGAGACCCUUAUCGGAAACACAGGUCUAAUAAUCUAAGUGCAUUAACGACACAGUGUAACGGUCACAUGGGCGAGAAAGGAUGUAACUUUUUAUCGCGCCUUUUCGAGGAGAACGGCACACGCGGAGGAAGGGGGGUACAAGGGGAGAAGAGAAGAAAAAAGAAAACGCGAGAGGAAGAGUAUUACGUAUGGGUACAUAACACGCAAGUAGCAUUAAGUUGAAGAGGAAGAUACUCUUAAUUAUUAUCCGUAUACCCUCAGAGAAUUGUGUAAAUAUGUACAGAUUUAAAGUAAAAAAAAAAGGGGGGAUAAAAAGAAAAAAGAAACAAGGAAGAAAAAAGGUUAAGCAGAAAAAUAUUAAUCUAUUUAUACAAUGGAUAUAUAUAGAGUUUUCUCCUGUAGCGUAAAGCCUUUAGAAUGGGUGCCCUUUUGAAGAAAGAGAAAAAAAGAGCGAUAUAUACAAGAAGAAACAUACAAGCAGCAUACACGACACACAUAUUAUAUACAUGUAUAAGAUACAGUAUAUGUGUACACACGUGUGUGUGUGUGUGUGUGUGCAUGUACAUGUAUAUUGUAUAACAUUUUGUCCUUAUCUUUCUAUUGUAUAAAAGGAGAAUAUUGUGUAGCGUAAAUAAAUUAUUCUUGGA